AUGGAUGUUGCAGCCCUGCGGAACCGCAUCCAGUCCACACUAGAUGCCAAUGCCGAUAUCAGACGGCAGGCGGAAAUUGACCUGAAAUAUGCCGAGACGCAGCCAGGUUUCAUAAAUGCUCUUUUGGAUAUCCUGCAGGGGGAGCAGGUCAACGCCGUUCAGCUGUCGGUCCCUAUUUUGGACCCCGCCUUUACUAACUGGAAGGUACCGGCAGCGGGUGUUUACCUGAAGAACCGUAUCAACCGAGGAUGGUCAGCUAUUGAGGAUAGCCCGUUACGUGCACCGAUUGCCGAGGAGGAGAAGCCCGGUUUCCGCGAGAGGCUGAUUCCAGCCUUGGCCUCUACGCCUCCGAACGUUCGCGCUCAGCUCGUCCCUCUGCUCCAGAAGAUCCUUCAACAUGACUUCCCCGAACAAUGGCCUGGGUUCCUGGAUAUCACGAUGCAACUGCUUGGCACGAAUGAUGCCGGUUCUGUCUACGCCGGUCUGCAGUGCUUGCUAGCCAUCUGCCGUGUAUACCGCUUCAAGGCCGGGGACAAACGGGAGGAAUUUGACAAGAUCAUUGAGCACUCGUUCCCUCAGUUACUCAACAUCGGAUCGAAACUAGUGGAUGAGGAGAGUUUGGAGGCGGCGGAGAUGCUCCGCAUCGUGGUGAAAUCAUACAAGCAUGCUAUUUACUUCGAGCUCUCACCGCAUCUGCAAUCGCAUCAGGCGACAGUCGACUGGUGUACUCUUUUCCUGCGAAUUAUCGCCAAGGAGCCUCCAGCGAACGCCAUGAUGGAAUCCAAGGAGGAGAGAGAAUUGGCCCACUGGUGGAAGUGCAAGAAGUGGGCAUAUGCCAACCUUAACCGCCUCUUCAUCAGAUACGGAAACCCCACGACUAUGACGAAGUCCAGCACCCCAGACUACUCCCAGUUUGCCAAGUCGUUCAUUACAACAUUCGCACCGGAGAUCCUCAAGGGAUACCUGCAGGAGAUUGAUAAAUACGUUUCCAAGGGCCAGUGGCUGAGCAACCCGGCACUUUCGUACACUAUGAUCUUUUUCGAAGAGUGCGUCAAGCCCAAGUCAAUGUGGGAUCACCUGAAGCCGCACAUGGAGAACCUGAUUGCCCACUUCGUCUUCCCUAUUCUGUGCCAGAGCGACGAGGACAUCGAGCUGUUCGAGACAGACCCAUCCGAAUACCUUCACCGAAAGCUGAACUACUACGAGGAGGUCUCCGCGCCCGAUGUUGCCGCUACAAACUUCCUGAUAACCCUCACCAAGAACCGCAAGAAGCAGACUUUCUCCAUCCUUACCUUUGUCAACGGUGUCGUUAGCAAGUACGAGGCUGCUCCGGAUGACCAAAAGCUGCCGAGGGAGAAGGAAGGUGCCCUGCGCAUGAUCGGAUCUCUGGCUUCUGUCAUUCUGGGCAAGAAGAGCCCCAUCGCGGACCAGGUUGAAUACUUCUUCGUCCGUCACGUUUUCCCCGAGUUCCGUAGCCCCCACGGUUUCCUCCGUGCGCGUGCCUGCGACACAUUGGAGAAGUUUGAAGCGCUCGACUUCCAGGAUCCUAACAACCUGAUGAUUAUCUACCGGAACAUCCUCGAAUCCAUGACAGACUCUGAGCUGCCUGUCCGUGUGGAGGCCGCUCUUGCUCUCCAGCCUCUCAUUCGACACGAUGUCAUCCGUACCUCUAUGCAGCAGAACAUCCCGCAGAUUAUGCAGCAGCUUCUCAAGCUCGCCAACGAAGUUGAUGUUGACGCUUUGGCUAAUGUUAUGGAGGACUUCGUUGAGGUCUUCUCCGCUGAGUUGACGCCUUUCGCCGUUGCUCUGAGUGAGCAGCUGCGUGAUACCUACAUGCGUAUCGUUGGCGAGCUCCUGGAAAGGAACGCUGCCAAGGGCGAGGAGGACCAAUAUGGUGAUUUCUUAGACGACAAGAGUAUCACAGCUCUUGGUGUCUUGCAGACUAUCGGCACAUUGAUCCUUACUCUGGAGAGCACACCUGACGUACUUAUGCACCUUGAAACCGUCCUUAUGCCCGUCAUCAGCAUCACUCUCGAGAACAAGCUCUACGACCUCUACAACGAAGUGUUUGAGAUUAUUGACAGCUGCACAUUCGCCUCGAAAUCAAUCUCUCCGACAAUGUGGCAAGCCUUUGAGCUCAUCCACAAGACGUUCAAGGCCGGAGCUGAGCUCUACCUGGAGGACAUGCUGCCUGCGCUCGAUAACUACGUGGCGUACGGCUCCCAGACGCUUGUUCAGAACCCUGCAUACCUUGCCGCGAUUGUCGGUAUGGUUGAGGACAUCUUCCGUGACGAGAAGGUCGGCGGUGUUGACCGGAUCUGCGGUUGCAAGCUUGCCGAGACUGUUAUGCUGAACUUGCGCGGCUACGUCGACCAGUACAUCCCUGUCUUCAUCGAGCUUGCGAUGCGUGUCAUCGAUGCUGGAGAGGCGCGUACGAAAUCCUACCGUCUCCAUUUGAUGGAGAUGGUCAUCAAUGCCAUCUACUACAACCCCGUUCUCACUCUCCAAGUCCUUGAGGCCAAGGGCUGGACCAACAAGUUCUUCAGCGCUUGGUUCUCUACUAUCGACGGCUUCAGACGUGUCCACGACAAGACACUGUCCAUUGUCGCUAUCACUUCCCUGCUCACCCUGAAUCCUGCCGAUGUUCCUACAAGCGUCCAGCAGGGAUGGCCUAGAUUGCUUCAGGGAGUGACUAGGCUGUUCCACACUUUGCCCGCCGCUAUCCAGAACCGACAAGAGGCGACCAAGGAGUCGGACUUCCAGUACGAAGAAGAGGACGAGGAUGACGAGGGUAACGACUGGGAGGGUGAAGUUGAGUGGGCUGAGGGCGAAGACGAGGGCGGCCCGGAGGGUGACAUUCCUGACGAGAGUGCUGCGUAUCUAGACUUCCUGAACAAGGAGGCACAGAAGUUUGGCUCUUUCGCCGGAGACGACGAUGAUGACGAGCUUGACGAGGAAAGCUUACUCGAGACUCCUCUAGAUAAGGUCGAACCAUAUGGGCUUUUCAAGCAGGUGUUCAUGAACCUCCAACAACAACAACCCCAGCUCUACGAAAACCUGACGAAUAUUCUUAACGACGAAGAAAAGAAGAUCAUUGAGUCCGUGUUCCACGAAGCCGACGCAAAGGCCCUGGCCGCGGCCAACGAAGAGGCCGCCAAAGCAGCUGCCCUUCAAGCCAAUGGGAAUCAAUAG